AUGCAUGUCCAGACAAGUCUUUUUUCAAAAAGUCAUUGUUAUAUCGUGUUUUUCAUCUUCAGGUAAUCUACGUCGCUCGGAAUCCUAAAGAUGUUUUAGUCUCAUCUUUCCACUUUCAUCAAAUGGCCAGUUUCCUUGGAGACCCUGGAACGUUUGAAGAAUUCAUUGACAAAUUCCUGUCAGGAAAAGUUUGUUUCGGAAAAUGGGCCGACCAUGUGAAAAGCUGGCGAAACCCUGAGCUCGGCGACAGAAUGCUGUACAUCACCUACGAAGAAAUGCUUGAGGACCUCCGUGAAGUCCUGGACCGGAUUUUAACAUUUCUUGGCCGGGAGCUCAGUGCAGAGGCUCUGGAUCGCGUGGUCAAUAAUGGCACUUUCAAAAAUAUGAAAACAAACAAAAUGUCAAACUACUCUCUGGUGCCA